CAGUUUGAUGCCGAGGAGUUUUCCGAAUUGAAAUCCCAGUACCCUUGGCCUUCAUUGUGGUUGAGAGGCCUGCCUCCCCUUAGUGAAGUGCGGUGGUUGAGAGGCCUGCCUCCCCUUAGUGAAGUGCGGCAUCCCAAACCUGCGAGUGAGCAAUGCGGCUUGCAAGUCACGGGACUAUGGUCGACCCAGAGUACUUUGGAAGGCAGUCGAUAUGUUUUUGCUUGUGAUGCUUCUGGAGGACCAGGCGGCUCGGAUCAAAGGCUCCUCGUAACGACUUGGUCCAUAGGAGCCUAUGCCUUGGUUGAUGGGCAACCAAAGAGGGUUGCGAGUGCCACGUGCUUGGAGGCGGAGCCCCUGACAGUGCCUCAGGCCGAACAGCGAGCUCUUUUUGAGUUGAUGCAUCGUGUCACUGGCGACUUUGAUGCCACAACUGAUUGCAAAAGUGUCAAGCAAAUCUUGUGCAAGGCCAACCCACCGCAGGAAGGUGUUGUGCCAUGGGGCACGAUAUGGCACGAGCGCAGUCGCAUCCGCUUGCAUUGGGUUUCUUCACAUAAAAGUGCAGCUUACUUUGAAAAGCAGGGCUGGGAGCAGUGGAGGCGCCUCAUCAACGAGGACGUUGACAAACUCUGCGGGGAAAGGGCUUCUCAGCAUUUCUCGAUCGCGCAUGCGAAGUGGCUGAAGAAAUGUGAUUCCGUGGUGGAACAAGUCUGCUACUCCUUAGCGCGACGUGCUGGAUUCAUCAUUCGGCAGAGAAAGAGCCCGGAUUUCCCGUGGAUUUUGAAUAGGGGUGCUACUGAUACUGCCCCUAAGCCCCUGGUUGUCCCUAACGCCGCCUUUGUUAAGCCCAGUCCUGCCAAACCCAAAAAUGCAAAAAAUCCGAAGUCCAAGAAGGGGGUUUCUGGUGAUAAACCUGGUCCUGGCCCAAAAACUGGUAAGCCCUUGAACAAAAAACAACGCAUGUUAGAAAAGUUGGCAAUGCCUGAAGAUCCUCUGGGUCACCAGUGGGUCAAAGGCGCUGAAGGACCUACCAACUUGACAAUGAAAUGCACCAAAUGUGGACUGUACGUUCAGCAAAUAGCUGACCCGGCAAGCUUCGACCGUCUCAUGACACACCACUGCAUUGGUGGUGGUGAGAUUUUGAGCGAGUGGGGCAUUCAUGCAACACACAGUAUGGUCAACAUGGGUGUGCAGUGGUCUUGUUCCAAAUGUGGGAGGCUGCAGCGCCCACAGUCGGCCGUUGGAGCGAAGCAGUUGCAGAAACCUUGUGAUGGGAGAGCGGCUGUAAGCCAAAUCGGUAAAGUGGCUCAAGGAGUGGGCAGCUCAACUUUGGAUCAGUCGGGCCCUGCGGGCUGGUGUGCUGCUUUUGCGCCCUACGAGGCUGCAUUAGCGCUACA